GGCCCAAACCGUGUAUAAAUAACCCGGUCAACACACUCGUAUGCAAGAAGAGGGAAUUCCUGCGAUUCAGUUUUCGAGAAAUCGAUCACCUUUCAGUCUCUUAUUUUCUCGGGAAAAUGCCUCGAGGAACGCUUGAAGUCCUUCUUGUUGGCGCCAAGGGUCUUGAGAACACUGAUUUUCUCAGUAACAUGGAUCCCUAUGUCAUCCUUACUUGUCGUACUCAGGAGCAAAAAAGCAGUGUUGCAUCAGGAAAAGGAUCAGAACCAGAGUGGAAUGAGAGUUUUUUGUUUACUGUAUCUGAUGGCACUACAGAACUUUUAAUUAAAAUAAUGGACAGUGAUCAUGGUUCAGCAGAUGAUUUUGUGGGUGAGGCAACAAUUCCACUUGAGCCAGUGUUCAUGGAAGGAAGCAUGGCGACAGCUUCAUACAAUGUGGUGAAAGAUGAAGAAUAUCAUGGAGAAAUUAAAAUUGGGCUCACUUUCACUUCUGAGGAAGGUUGUAAGGAUGUGUUUUGUGAGCAAGAAGAAAGCUCUGGAGGAUGGAAAGAGUCUUCAUAUUGAAAUUUCACCUACCAUUGAUGGAAAAUUUCUUUUUGGACUCUUAAGUUCUACGGUGUUGGAAUGGAAUAAAAAUUGCAAUAUUUGGUAUCAAUUUCAAGUAAUAACACUUGUUUUGGUAGUUUGUGUGAUGCGAAUGUGUCGUGUUAUUUUCUAAAAUAUGAUUGCCAUCAGCUACUUCGCUUGAGUGUUCUCCGAUUGCCCAAUUUUAAUGUAAAAAUGAAGUUCUGAUCAAAGAAAUUGUGCAAACUCUCUUUGCAGCUAAACCAUUGACUGUGUAA